AUUGACCCCAAAGAUUACAUGUUUUCUGGACUAAAAGAUGAAACUGUGGGCCGACUGCCUGGAAAAGUAGCAGGGCAACAAUUCGUCAUUCAGGACUGUGAGAACUGUAAGAUCUACAUAUUUGACAAUUCUGCUACAAUCACUAUUGAUGACUGUGUAAACUGCCAAAUCUUUUUAGGACCAAUAAAGGGCAGUGUGUUUUUCCGUGACUGCAAAGACUGUAAAUGUAUAGUGGCCUGUCAACAGUUUCGCACUCGGGACUGCAGAAAGCUGGACGUAUUCUUGUGCUGUGCCACCCAGCCCAUUAUCGAGUCCUCUACAGGUAUGAAAUUUGGAUGUUUCCAGUACUAUUAUCCUGAGCUUGCAUUACAAUUUAAAGAUGCUGGACUGAGUAUCUUCAAUAACACGUGGAGCAACAUCCAUGACUUUACCCCUGUGUCAGGAGAAAAUAACUGGGGUCUUUUGCCUGAGAAUGCUGUAGUCCAAGAUUAUGUUCCUCUGCCCAGCUCUGAGGAACUGAAAGCUGUCAGAAUUUCUACCGAUGCUACAAGGAGCAUAAUACCAGUAACUCGAGGGCAGAGACAGAAAAACAGUGAUGAAUCGUGUUUGGCCGUGUUUUUCGCUGGUGACUACACAACUGCAAAUGCCAGGAAGUUAAUUGAUGAGAUGACUGGUAAAGGCUUUCAGCUGGUACAGACUAAAGAAGUUUCAAUGAAGGCAGAGGAUGCUCACAGAGUUUUCCAGCAAUGUGCACCAGAAUUCAUUUCACUCCUUGAAAAAGGUCCAGUGGUUGCUUUGGAGUUUAAUGGAGAUGGUGCUGUGGAAGGAUGUCAAAGCACUGUAAAUGAUGUUUUCAGUGGGACCAAGGUUUUUGUAUCAGAGAGCAAGGCAUCAGCCUCUCAAGAUGUUGACAAUUUCUACAACUUUGCUGACAUGCAGAUGGGAAUGUGAAGUUUAACAUGAAGGUGUUCACAUACGGUUUGUCUCAGCACGUGGAUGUCACUCGGCUUGAAUGUUGCGGUAGUAUCUAAGAAGUUUUGUCAUUUGGUUUUGUAUUUCUUAUAUAUCCUUUUAUAAAGCUAUUG